AUGGAGCUGAGUCAGGUGCUGAAGUGGGUAGAGUCAGCGAUCCAGGCCUCCAAGGUGCACCUGCUGUCCACGGACCACAAGGAGGAGGGCGAGCACACGUGGAGGAUUCCCUUUGACCCCAGCCUGAAGGAGGUCACCAUCUCCCUGAGCGGUCCGGGUCCCAAGAUCGAAGUCCGCGACCCACUGGGGAGGAUCCUGCAGAAGGACGAGGGCCUCAACGUGCUCCUCAGCAUCCCUGACUCUGCCAAGGUUGUGGCGUUUAAGCCUGAGCAUCCUGGGCUGUGGUCCAUCAAGGUCUAUAGCAGCGGUCGCCAUUCGGUGAGGAUCACAGGCGUCAGCAACAUCGACUUCCGAGCCGGCUUCUCCACCCAGCCCUCUCUGGACCUCAACCACACCAUUGAGUGGCCCCUACAAGGGGUGCCCAUCUCCCUGGUCAUCAACUCCACGGGCCUGCAGGCACCCGGCCACCUGGACUCCGUGGAGCUCUCACGCAGCUCGGGGCAGCCCCUCCUGACUUUGCCCAUGCAGCCCCUCUCCAAUGGCUCCGCCCAUCAGCUCUGGGGCGGACCGCCCUUCCACGCCCCCCAGGAGCGCUUCUACCUCAAGGUGAAGGGCAAAGACCACGAGGGGAAUCCCCUUCUCCGUGUCUCUGGAGUUUCCUACAGUGGGGUGGUCCCAGGUGCCCCCGUGGUCAGCAUGCCCCCUAGGAUCCAUGGUUACCUGGACCAGCCCCUGCUGGUCUCCUGCUCUGUACACAGCACCCUCCCCUUCAGGCUACAGCUGCGGCGGAACGGAGCCAGGCUGGGCGAGGAGAGGCACUUUCAGGUGUCGGGAAACAGCAGCUGGGAGAUCCCACGGGCUUCUAAGACCGAGGAAGGGACGUAUGAGUGCACGGCAGUCAGCCGGGCUGGGACCGGACGAGCAAAGGCCCAGAUUCUUGUCACAGGGGGUCUUGAAAUGAUUCUGGGCCCCGAGGGCUCCAGCUCUGGGACGCUGCGGAUCCCGGCAACUCGGGAGAGGGAUGCUGGCGUCUACACCUGCCGAGCUGUCAACGAGAUGGGCGAUGCCUCUGCAGAAAUCCGGCUGGAGGUUGGAUUUUUGAAAGUGCCCCCUAGGAUCCAGCCCGUGGCCACCCACCAUGUCACCAAUGAAGGGGUUCCAGCCUCCCUCCCCUGUGUGGCCUCGGGGGUCCCCACCCCUGCCAUCACCUGGACCAAGGAAACCAACGCCCUGGCCUCCACGGGUCCCCACUACAACGUGAGCAAGGAUGGCACCCUGGUCAUCGCCCGGCCAUCUGCCCAGGAUUCAGGAGCCUAUGUCUGCACGGCCACCAACGCUGUGGGCUUCUCCAGCCAGGAGAUGCGGCUUUCUGUCAACAAGGAGGAAACCGACACUCAGCAGAAAGGGGAGUGGGGACCCCAGCACUAUUGGACUCCAGAGCCCAGCUGUUACACUAGGAGCACAGGCUGGCGGCUGGCCUUUGGGGUCCCCCACCCCCGUGCUGGCCGCUUGCAGUUGGGGCCAGCUGGGGCCAGUGGCCGCAGCUGCCCUCCUCGAUUUAUGGGGACAGGGGCUUCACGGAGCCAGCACAUAUGGGCCGGUGACAUCAUGUCUGCUGGGGCCCCUUGGGGUCCGGCCCAGCUGCAGGAGCCUGGCUGGGGGUCCCAGAUCCCUCUGGGAGGGGGGCCAGGUGGCUUUAGCAAGGUGGGCCAGAUUGGGGACGGCAAUGACGAGGGGCCUGCACAGCUUCCUCCCGAGGGCCCGGCGCAGGGCUGGACGACAGAAUACCAGAAGGCACUAGAUUCGGAGUCUGGCCGGCCCUGGCACUUAGCCUCAGAGGGCCUCUGGGCUGGCAGCUUCUCCUCGGAAGCCGUGGGGAGGGUGCAUCGCCUCCUGCCGUCAGGCUCCCUGCGUGUGGCCCAGGCCCAGGUCGGUGACAGUGGCCUCUACAGAUGCACAGCCAGCAACCCUGCUGGGUCCGUUUCUCAGCACUACAUGCUCCGGGUGCAAGGUCCUGGGGUGGCCCAGGGGAGCGGCCUGGAUUCCCGCUCAGACAGACUCAGGGCUGGGGCUGGCUCCGGUUCCUCUCAGCUGAGGGACUGGGUGACUCUGGUCAAUCGCCUGACCCUUCUGAGCCUCAGCUUCUUCAUCUGCGAAAUGGGCUUGGUAUCACCAGCCCGGAGGAAGGACCGGAGUGGGACAGAGGAGAUGCCCAUCCCUCCGGGAGACCCUUAUGUCCAGCUGCAGGAGGACGGCCAGGUUCUCAGGAUCCCCAGCAGUCACCUGGGGGACGAGGGGCGGUACCAGUGUGUGGCCUUCAGCCCCGCCGGCCAGCAGGCCAAGGACUUCCGGCUCAGGAUGCACGCCCCUCCUACCAUCUGGGGCUCCAACGAGACGAGCGAGGUGGCCGUCAUGGAGGGUCACCCGGUGCGGUUCCUGUGCGAGGCCCGAGGAGUGCCCACUCCCAACAUCACCUGGUUCAAGGACGGGGUCCCUCUCCCGCUCAGCGCUGAGGCCGUCUACACCAGGGGCGGCCGGCAGCUGCAGCUGGAGAGGGCCCGGGGCUUGGAUGCUGGCACUUACACCUGCAAGGCCAGCAACCCUGUGGGGGUCGCGGAGAAGACCACCAGGCUGGAGGUUUAUGAGCCGCCAUACUGGGAGGCCGAUGAGACCAGCGGCCUGCUAGAGAGAGUGGCGGGAGAGAACGCCAGCCUGCCGUGCCCUGCCAGAGGGGUGCCCAAGCCGCAGGUCACGUGGCGGAAGGGCCCAACCUCGGAGCCCCUGCGUGGCCGGCCGGGCCUGGAGGUGCUGGAUGAAGGCUCCCUGUUUCUGGCCUCAGUCUCGCCCACCGACAGCGGAGACUACGCGUGCCAGGCCACCAAUGAGGCAGGCUCCACGUCCAGGAGAGCCAAGCUGGUGGUCUAUGAGCUCCCAUUGGUGGCCAUCGUCGGGGGCGACAAUAUCACAGCCCCUUUCCUGCAGCCUGUGACCCUCCAGUGCGUGGGGACUGGGGCGCCCACCCCGAGUCUCCGCUGGUGGAAGGAUGGGGUGGCCCUGGCAGCCUUGGGGGGGAAGCUGCAGAUCGAGAAGGUGGACCUGAGGGACGAAGGCGUCUACACUUGUGCUGCCACUAACCUGGCGGGGGAGAGCAAAAAGGACGUGGUUCUCAAGGUUUUGGUGCCCCCCAACAUCGAGCCCGGCCCGCUGAACAAGGCAGUGCUGGAAAAUGCCUCGGUAACCUUGGAGUGCCUGGCUUCGGGUGUGCCCCCUCCUGAUAUCUCCUGGUUCAAGGGCCGCCAGCCUGUCUCAGCCCGGAAGGGAGUGACAGUGUCAGCUGACGGGAGAGUUCUCCACAUUGAGCGGGCACGAUUUUCUGAUGCUGGGAGCUACCGUUGUGUGGCAUCCAAUGUGGCGGGCAGCACGGAGCUGCAGUAUGGGCUACGGGUCAAUGUGCCUCCACACAUCACACAGCCACCCGGCCUGCCAGGCCCCGUGCUGCUCGGCGCCCCGGUCCGGCUGACCUGUAAUGCCACUGGAGUCCCCAGCCCCACGCUGCUGUGGCUGAAGGAUGGAAACCCCGUGUCCACCGCAGGGGCCUCCGGCCUCCAGGUCUUCCCUGGGGGCCGGGUCCUCACCCUGGCCAGCGCCCGGGCCUCCGACUCUGGCAGCUACUCGUGCGUGGCCGUGAGUGCAGUGGGCGAGGACCGUCGGGACGUCGUCCUGUACGUCCACACGGGGCUGGGCUGUGGAUGUGAAGUGGGGGGAGGCGGGCAGGACCACCAUCUGGGGAGCCCAGUCCCCGUGCCGGCCCACGUCAGGCCACCACAAGCUGUGGCUUCUGGAAACGUCACGGUGCACCAGGUGAGCAGAGCAGAGGUGGGGGACGCGGGCCGCUAUACCUGCGAGGCACUGAACCAGGCGGGCCGCUCGGAGAAGCACUACAACCUGAAUGUCUGGGUGCCUCCUGUGUUCCCCUCGAGGGAACCCCGCAUCCUGACCGUGACCGAAGGGCACCCCGCCAGGCUGUCCUGUGAAUGUCGGGGCGUCCCCUUCCCUAAGAUCUCCUGGAGGAAGGACGGUCAGCCCUUGCCAGGGGAGGGGAACAGCCUCGAGCAGGUGUCAGCGGUGGGGCGGCUGCUGUACCUGGGACAGGCCCAGCCGGCCCAGGAGGGAAUGUACACCUGUGAGUGCAGCAAUGUGGCGGGCAAUCGCAGCCAGGACCAGCUGCUGGAGGUGCAUGUGCCGCCUCGGAUCGCUGGCCCCCGGGAGCCCCACACGCAGGUCUCUGUGGUCCAGGACGGGGAGGCCACUCUGUGGUGCAACGUCACAGGGAAGCCCCCGCCCAGGGUGACGUGGGAGUGGGGCGGCCAGCCGGUGAGGGCCGAGGCCGGCCUGCUGCUGCGGAACCAAGGCCAGAGUCUGCACGUGGGGCGGGCGCAGGCUGCCCACAGCGGACGCUACACCUGCGUGGCCGAGAACGUGGCCGGAAGGGCCGAGAGGAGGUUUGCACUCGCCGUGCUGGUGCCCCCAGAGCUCACCGGAGACUUGGGCCCAGUGACCAACGUCUCCGCUGCCCUGCACAGCCCCUUGACGCUGCUCUGCGAAGCCACAGGCGUCCCACCCCCACGGGUCCGCUGGUUCCGAGGGGAGGAGCCCAUCAGCCCCGGGGAGGACACCUACCUCCUGGCAGGUGGCUGGAUGCUGAAGAUGCCCCGGGCACAGGAGCGAGACAGAGGUUUCUACUCAUGCCUGGCAAGCAACGAGGCUGGGGAGGUUCGGAGGAACUUCAGUGUGGAGGUCCUGGUUCCUCCCAGGAUUGAGAACGAGGACCUGGAGGAGGCAGUCAAGGUCCCUGAGGGGCAGACAGCCCACCUGACGUGCAACGCCACAGGCCACCCACAGCCCAAGGUCACGUGGUUCAAAGAUGGCCGGCCCCUGGCUGGUGGAGACGCCUACCGCAUUUCUCCAGAUGGAGCUCUCCUGCAGAUCGUCCAGGCCGACCUGUCUAGUUCUGGCCACUACUCCUGCAUUGCAGCCAGUGCCGUAGGGGAGAAGACCAAACACUUCCAAGUUAGCGUCCUGGUGGUUCCCACCAUCCUGGGAGUGACCGAGGACAGCGCGGAUGAGGAGGUGACAGUGACCAUCAACAACCCCAUUUCUCUGAUCUGUGAGACACUGGCCUUCCCCUCCCCCACCAUCACCUGGAUGAAGGACGGUGCCCCGUUUGAGGCCUCGAACAACAUCCAGAUGCUCCCAGGCACCCACGGGCUGCAGAUCCUGAAUGCCCAGAAGGAAGAUGCGGGACAGUAUACCUGCGUGGUCACCAAUGAACUUGGGGAGGCCAUGAAGAACUACCACGUGGAGGUGCUCAUCCCUCCUUCCAUCUCCAAAGACGACCCCUCGGCGGAGGCCGGCGUGAAGGAAGUGAAGACCAAGGUCAACAGCACUUUGACCCUGGAGUGUGAGUGCCAGGCCGUGCCCCCGCCCACCAUCAGUUGGUACAAGGAUGGACGGCCCAAGAGCUGCCUCCUCGCCUCCGAAAAGCCAACGCCUGGACCUUUGCCCAGCUCUCUGCCCCCUCCCUCUGCCUUCAUCACGGAGCUGGGCUCAGCGCCGCCGGGCGCUCUUGGGAAGCCUCAGUCCUUCCAUCUGUCUCGGUCCUGUGUCCCCGCAGGAGGUCGGGUCCUGCAGAUUCCCCUGGUGCGUGCAGAGGAUGCCGGGAAAUACUCAUGCAAGGCCUCCAACGAGGUGGGCGAGGACUGGUUGCACUACCAGCUGCUUGUGCUGACCCCACCUGUGAUCCUGGGUGACACAGAGGAGCUGGUGGAGGAGGUGACGGUCAACGCCAGCAGCACCGUCAGCCUCCAGUGCCCGGCCCUGGGCAACCCCGUGCCCGCCAUCUCAUGGCUCCAGAACGGGCUGCCUUUCUCCCCGAGCCCACGGUUGCAGGUCCUGGAGGACGGGCGCGUCUUGCAGGUCUCCACGGCCGAGGUGGCCGAUGCCGCCAGCUACAUGUGUGUGGCCGAGAACCCGGCGGGCUCCUCGGAGAAGCUCUUCACCCUCAGGGUACAAGCCCCACCACGAAUCACAGGCCCAAGCUUGGAGCAGGUCACUGCCACGGUCAACAGCAGCGUCUCCCUGUCCUGUGACGUCCAUGCUCACCCGAGCCCUGAGGUCACGUGGUACCGGGACGGCCAGGCUGUCUCCCUGGGAAAAGAGAUCUUCCUCCGGCCUGGCACCCACACGCUGCAGCUGGCCAGGACGCAGCCGUCAGACUCCGGGAUGUACAUGUGUGAGGCCCUCAACGCCGCCGGCCGAGACCAGAAGCUGGUGCAGCUUAGCGUGCUGGUGCCCCCCACCUUCAGGCAGGCUCCCGGCGGCCCCCAGGAUGCGAUCCUGGUCCGGGCUGGGGACAGAGCAGUCCUGAGCUGUGAGACCGACUCACUCCCUGAGCCGACCGUGACCUGGCUUAAAGACGGGCAGCCCCUGGUCCCGACGCAGCGCACCCGGGCUCUGCUGGGUGGGCAGAGGCUGGAGGUCCAGGACACCCAGGUGUCGGAUAAAGGUUUAUACAGCUGUAGAGUCAGCAAUACCGCGGGGGAAGCCAUGCGGACGUUUGUCCUCACUGUCCAGGUGCCCCCAACAUUUGAGAACCCCAGGACAGAGAGAGUGAGCCAGGUGGCCGGGAGCCCCCUGGUGCUGAGCUGUGAUGUGACCGGGGUCCCUGCACCUACUGUCACCUGGCUGAAGGACAGAAUGCCUGUCGGUCUAUCGGCAGAGCCCUCCCUUCGUCAGCUGCUAGACACCUCUGGUGCCAGCCAGCUCUCUGGUGCCCGUAGCCGUUCCCUUUCCAGCCACCACGGUCCCCCUGCCCCGGGAGGGCAGCAGCCCCCACACGGGUCCUUGGCCCAGUCCACAUCUCUGGUGCCGUCUCCAGACGGGGAGGAAGGGAUCUCAAAGUUCUACGUGGACGGCGGUGCCCUGGUGCUGAAGGGCCUGAGGGCCGAGGACUCGGGCGCCUACACCUGCGUGGCCCACAACGCGGCCGGGGAGGACGCCAGGCUGCACACAGUGAGCGUGCUGGUUCCUCCCACCAUCGAGGAGUGGGCAGAGGGCUCGGGGACCCUGGUGAGCAGGCCUGGGGAGCUGGUGACCAUGGCGUGCCCCGUCCGGGGCUCCGCGCCCAUCCGCAUGAGCUGGCUCAAGGACGGGCUGCCCCUGCCGCUGUCCCAACGCACUCGCCUCCACAGCUCGGGCCGCACCCUCAGUUCAGCCUGCCUUGGGGUGGAGGAAAAAUCAGGGAAGGCUUCCUGGAAGAAGGCUUCUGAGCCUUCUUCAACACUUACGGAACGCCUGCUGUUUGCAAUGCCCCCUGUCUUGGAGCCGGUAGAGUUCCAGAAUGACGUGGCGGUCGUCCGCGGCUCCUCGGUGGUCCUCCCCUGUGAAGCCCGGGGAAGCCCUCUGCCGCUAGUGUCGUGGAUGAAGGAUGGGGAGCCCUUGUUGCCCCAGAGCCUUGAACAGGGGCCCAGCCUGCAGCUGGAGACAGCGGGAGCUGGAGACUCGGGCACCUACUCCUGUGUGGCCGUGAGCGAGGCGGGGGAAGCCAGGAGGCAUUUCCAGCUGACAGUGAUGGAUCCCCCCCACAUAGAGGACUCGGGCCGGCCUGCAGAGCUGCUGCUGACUCCCGGCACCCCCUUGGAGCUCCGCUGCGAUGCCCAGGGCACCCCGCCGCCCAACAUCACCUGGCAUAAAGACGGGCAGGCCCUGAGCGGGCCUGCAGACAGCAGUAGGGUGCUCCGGGUAGAGGACGUACAGGUGGGCGAUGCUGGGCUGUACACGUGCCUGGCCCAGAGCCCCGCCGGCCAAGCGGAGAAGAGCUUCCGGGUCAGGGUUCAAGGCCCCCCGCACGUUAUAGGGCCCCGAGGCCCCCGCUCUGUGGUCGGCCUGGCUCCCGGGCAGCUGGUUCUGGAGUGCUCGGUGGAGGCGGAGCCAGCACCCGAGAUUGAAUGGCACCGAGAUGGCAUCCUGCUGCAGGCGGAUGCCCACACCCAGUUCCCAGAACAGGGAAGGUUCCCUCAGCCUCGCGGGCCCCUUUCAAGCAAACGCGGCCGUGAGAACCUUCCUUCUGCUGACCAUAGCGCGCGGGCAUGCGUGGCCUUCCGCGUGGAGAUCCACAAGCCUCCUGCCAUCGCCCCCAGCCCUUCCAACCUGACCUUGACUGUACACACCCCUGCCUCACUGCCCUGUAGAAUGGCCAUCCCCAAGCCCCGGGUGGUCUGGUGGAAGGGCCUUAGUUUCCACCUGCAGCAGGGAACCUACCGGCUCCUGCCCUCCAAUGCCCUGCUCCUGGCAGCUCCCAGCCCCCAGGACUCAGCCCAGUUUGAGUGCGUGGUGAGCAAUGAGGUGGGCGAGGCCCGCAGGCAUUACCAGGUGACCGUUCACGUGCCCCCUACCAUUGCUGACGACCAGACAGACUUCACCGUGACCAAGAUGGCACCCGUGGUCCUCACGUGCCACAGCACGGGUGUCCCGGCCCCGGUCGUGUCCUGGAGCAAGGCAGGCGCCCAGCUGGGGAUGCGGGGGAGUGGCUAUCGUGUCACAUCUUCUGGUAAGUAGGGGUGAGCCGUGAGGGUAGAGACGGGGCGUCAGGCUGAGGGUGUGAACGCAGUGGAGAGUCCCGGCCUGAUUCUGCCACUCCCUGCUGUGUGACCUAGGGGAACCCCUCACCCUCUCUGGGCCUUAGUAUCCCCACUCACGCACUACCACCAACCCCCGAUCUCCCCCCCCGCCCCAAAUCUAGGAGCGAGUACGCAGAUCCUACCCGGUGGACAGCUUCGGAUUAUCCACGCCAGCCCGGAGGAUUCUGGGAACUAUUUUUGCAUUGCCCAGAACAGCGCAGGCAGUGCUAUCGGGAAAACACGGCUGGUGGUGCAAGUCCCGCCCGUGAUCAAGACCGGCCUCCCUGACCUGUCCACCACCGAAGGCUCCCACGUCCUCUUGCCCUGCUGGGCCAGCGGCAGUCCCGAGCCCACCAUCACCUGGGAAAAAGAUGGCCAGCCUGUGUCCGGGGCCGAGGGGAAGUUCACCAUCCAGCCUUCUGGGGAGCUGCUGGUGAAGAACCUGGAGGGCCAGGAUGCUGGAACCUACACGUGUGUGGCCGAGAACACGGUGGGCCGCGCCCACCACCGUGUUCAUCUCACCAUCCUGGCACUGCCCGUCUUCACCACCCUGCCCGGGGACCGCAGCCUACGCGUCGGGGACAGGCUGUGGCUUCGCUGUGCGGCCCGGGGCAGCCCGACCCCCCGCAUCGGCUGGACCAUCAACGACCGACCUGUCACGGAGGGGGUGUCUGAACAGGACGGGGGCAGCACGCUGCAGCGGGUGGCAGUCACCAGAGAGGACAGCGGGACCUACGUCUGCUGGGCCGAGAACAGAGUGGGCCGCGUGCAGGCCGUCAGCUUCGUCCAUGUGAAGGAAGCUCCUGUCCUGCAAGGGGAGGCCUUCUCCUACCUGGUGGAGCCCGUGGGGAGCAGCGUCCAGCUGGACUGCGUGGUCCGUGGAGCCCCUGCGCCCGACAUCCGCUGGAUCAAAGACGGCCUUCCGCUCCGGGGCAGCCGUCUCCGGCACCGGCUGCAGAACGGCUCGCUGACCAUCCACAGGACAGAGAUGGACGACGCGGGUCGGUACCAGUGCCUGGGGGAGAAUGAGAUGGGCGCAGUGGAGAAAGUGGUGACCCUCGUGCUGCAGAGCGCCCCGGUGUUCCGGGUGGAGCCCCGGGACGUGACGGCGAGAUCUGGGGACGAUGUGGCCCUACAGUGUCAGGCCUCGGGAGAGCCGGUGCCCACCGUGGAGUGGCUGCGUGCGGGCCAGCCCGUGCGGGCCGGCCGGCGGCUCCAGACCCUGCCCGACGGGGGCCUGUGGCUGCAGCGAGUGGAAGCCCAGGACGCGGGCAUCUACGAGUGCGUCGCUCACAACCUUCUGGGCUCUGCCACGGCCCGAGCGGUCCUGGCUGUGAGAGGGGAGCCCCGUGGGAGCCGGGGCGGCGUAUCCGGGGUGAUCAACGGCCAGGAAUUUGGCAUGGCCACCCUCAACACCAGCGUGCGCCAGGAGGCACGUUCUGGGGUCACCACCAUCUGGAGCGGCAUCAGCCACAUCCCUGCGAGCGUGGGGCCCGACUGCCGGAGGAAAACUCUGACCGCCCCUGAGACCCGAGUCGAAACCAAAGUGGAUUGA